CUUAAUCUCUCUUAAACCCAUGGAGGUACAUCAACACCUUUCAGCUCCAGAAGCUCCAGUCUGGACGAACACCUCCUCCUCAUUCAUGAUCCCCAACCAAACCUUCCCUCCUGCGUUUCUCCUUCCGACGGAGAACUGGACCGAUGGCAGAACUCCGGAUUACUCACCAGGAGUCGCCGGGAUCCUCAUCCCUCUCGUCUACAUCUCAGUGUGCAUCGUAGGUCUGAUCGGAAACACUUUGGUCAUCCACAUCGUGCUGCGAUAUUCCCAGACCGAAUCGGUGACCAAUAUCUACAUCCUGAAUCUGGCCAUCGCAGACGAGCUCUUCAUGCUGGGCCUGCCGCUCCUUGCCGUUCAGAACGGCCUGCUCUCCUGGCCCUUCGGAUCGCUCAUGUGUCGCCUGGUCAUGACCGUAGACGCCAUUAACCAGUUCACCAGCAUCUUCUGUCUGACGGUUAUGAGCAUCGACCGCUAUCUGGCCGUGGUGCAUCCACUCCGGUCCUCUAGAUGGCGCCAACCUCGCGUGGCCAAGACGGUGAACGCCACCGUGUGGGCCGUCUCUUUCGUAGUGGUUUUGCCUGUGGUUGUGUUCGCAGGAGUUCUGCAGGACGACGGAAACUGCAGCAUCGUGUGGCCCGAGCCGGCGGAGGUUUGGAAAGCGGCGUUUAUCGUGUAUACUGCGACCGUUGGGUUCUUCGGUCCUCUGAUGGUCAUCUGUCUCUGCUACCUGCUGAUCGUGGUUAAAGUGCGCAGCUCCGGGCGAAGAGUCCGCGCCACGUCGAUCCGCCGGCGGAAAUCCGAGCGCAAGAUCACGAGAAUGGUGGUGAUCGUCGUGGCCGUGUUCGUCUUCUGCUGGCUGCCGUUUUACGUCUUAAACAUCGUGAACCUGCUGGUUCUCCUUCCAGGAGAGUUCAGAGGGCUGUAUUACUUCGUCGUAGUUCUUUCGUACGCCAACAGUUGCGCCAAUCCCAUUCUGUACGGUUUUCUGUCGGAUAACUUUAAAAGAGGUUUCCGGAAAGCCUUGUGCAGAUCGUCCAGACGCGUGGAAAACCAGGAUCAGCAGCAGGGGACGGGAAUGGUCGCGUUACCUCUAGAGGAGAUCCGAAGAGAGCAUCUGAAGGUGAGCGAAGUAGAAGAACGCAACGCAGACCGAGAGAUGACGAAACUCCGAAACGGGUGUCACGAGGACAGCGCUGCGGGAGGAAUGGAUGGGCGGUGUGAGCGCUCCAUCAGCCUGACCUCUGACCCCGCAGCUGUCCGUAAUGGAGCGCGGCGGACACACAAACACCUGCAGGACAACAGUGACGAUAAACACUCGGUCCUGGAGAUCAGCUGCUUGUAA